AUGCAAGGAACAAUAGAAAUAAGAAAAAAAGAAAGAAAGAAAGAAAGAAAGAAAGAAAGAAAGAAAGAAAGAAAGAAAGAAAGAAAGAAAGAAAGAAAGAAAGAAAGAAAGAAAGAAAGAAGGAAAGAAGGAAAGAAGGAAAGAAGGAAAGAAAGAAAGAAAGAAAGAAAGAAGGAAAGUAAGAAGGAAAGAAAGAAGGAAAGAAAGAAUUUAGGAAAGAAAGAAAGAAAGAAAAGAAAGAAAGAGUGCAAUUUUAUAUGUACAGUAUUUACAUUUUAG